AUGUUAAAGGUCUAUAUAAGCUCUGUUAGAUCCGUUCUAGAGUAUGCCUUGCCUGUGUUGCAAUCCAUUCCAGGUUAUCUGUCUGACAAAAUUGAAUCCAUACAGAAAAGGGCGCUUAUGAUAAUUUUCCUGUGUGCUGAUAGCUACUCUGACGCCCUCGAGUUAGCACGGGUGCAGACCCUUGCUUGUGGGAGAGAUAAGAUAUGUAAGGAGUAUAUGUACAAAAUGAAGGACUUAAACCGUCCUCUUCAUCCUCUUCUACCAACACGCCUAGACGAUACCUGCCCCUACACCCUAAGGCACAAAUCAAACCAGCUGUACUUUUAUAAAAACGUUACUACCAGUAGAACAAAGCGCACGGAAGACUUUUUCACUUUUAAGUAUUUUUAA